AUGGCUGGUGUCAACCCAUACGCAGCUGCCGAUGAGGCGCCCAAGCAGCUCCAAAAGCACUCUUUUCAACAUCCCGCUCAGCUCUCCGCCGAACCCAUUCGCAUUCAUCCGCACUCCCUCACGCACCCGCGCUCCGAGCCACUCGUCACUGACAAGCUCUACUCGGGCUUCGUAGAGCAUCUCGGCCGCGGAAUCUACGGCGGCAUCGUCGACAACCCCGCCAAACCCAGCCCAGCCUCCAUCCUCGAGGUCCAAGACAACGGCGACGAACGCACCAAAGGCCGCCUAGCAUGGAGGAAGGACGUCGCCAACAUCCUUGCCAGCGAUGGCGAACUCCAGAUGCCCAUCCUCCGAUGGCCAGGCGGCAACUUCGUCAGCAACUACCACUGGCAGGACGGUAUCGGCCCCAUCUCCCAGCGCCCCAAGCGCAUCGAGCUCGCCUGGCUCUCGACCGAAUCCAACCACUUUGGCACAGACGAGUUCAUCGACUACUGCCGCAGGCUCAAAGUAGAACCCUACUUCUGCAUCAACAUGGGCACCGGCACCUACGAAGAGGCGCUCUCCUGGCUCGAAUACUGCAACGGCACCGGUGACACCUACUGGGCAAACCUGCGCCGCAAGAACACUGGCCGCCACGAGCCGCACAACGUCAAGUACUGGGGUCUCGGAAACGAGAUGCACGGCCCUUGGCAGGUCGGCUUCCUCAACGCCACCGACUACACCAAGAUGGCAAAGCGAUGGGCGCACGGCAUGAAGCUCGUCGACCCUUCCAUCAAGCUCGUCUCGUGCGGAAACCAGGGCAACUCCGAGUGGGAUCGCGAAGUGCUCAACGGUCUCAUCGGCGUGGUCGAUUUCCACUCCAUCCACCUCUACUCGAUGCUCGGUCACGAGCACUACAGCACCGUUCAGGGCUUUGAAUUCGAAAAGAACGUCUUCGGUCCCGCCGCAGCGGAGCGCGGCAUCGAGAUCUGUGCCUCGCUCAUCGACCUGGCCAAGAUCGACAAGGCACAAUCGCUCCUCGACUGGAACAACCGCGACCAGAAGGUCGCCGCACGCGACGUCAAGAUCUGCUACGACGAAUGGAACGUCUGGGACGAGGUCAAGGCCCCCGGCUCCCAGGGUCUCGAGCAGGCUUACGACUAUACUGACAUGCUCGGCGUGGUAGCCUGGCUCAACAUUCUCGUGCGCAAGUCCAAGGACGUCGGCAUCGCAUGCAUCGCCCAAAGCGUCAACGUCAUCUCUCCGCUCAUGACCAGCCCCGACGGCCUUCUCUUCCAGACCACAUACUGGCCCUUGCGACUCUUUGCCCAGUACAUGAAGAAUGGCCGCCUGCUCAACCUGGGCUUCACCCCAGAUGCCUACGAGGGACCGACGUACCCCGAGUGGAUCCAGCACAUCUCCAAGCCAGCCUACGUCGACUGUGUCGCCAUGAUUGUCGAGCAGCCUGGCUCGAAGCGCGCCAGCAUUCGCCUCAGCGUGCUCAACCGCCACCCUACCGCCGACUGGACCGGCCGAAUCAGCUUCGACGGCUUCCAAAUCGACAGUGUCGAAUCUCAUCUUGUCUACAGCGACGACCUCUUGGCGAAGAACACCUUCGAGCAGCCCAACGUGGUGGUGCCUCAGGUCACCAAGUACAGCGGCAAGGAGUGGGCUGACAAGGGCUCGCAGCAGCCCAUCCAGAAGCACUCGUUCGCUUUCUUCAUCGUUGAGGGAACCAUUCUCUAG